AUGAAGGAAUCAGCUCUAAUUCUUGUGUUCGCAUGCUUUUUCAGCAUCACCAAUGCACUUUGGCCCAUCCCACGACACCUCCAGAGCGGUUCGACAGCUCUUACGCUGGCGAAUGAGUUCCGCAUCGACACUUCAUCAAUUCAUGGCGUACCACAGGAUCUAUAUGAUGCUGUAGGGCGCACAAUGACAGUGCUCAAGCAUGAUCACAUGCAGCGCCUUGUCGUUGGUCGCGGGCCGGGUGAUGAUGUCGACUUGGGACGUGCGCAGAGGUUGAAACGGUUGGCACUGGAGAUUAUCAGCAAUACCAAUCACAAUAGAAGCAUGAACGAAGGAGAUGGAAAUCGAGUGAUGGUAAACCCUCUCGUCAUCCAUCAUGACCAUUUGCUUGAGAAUACUGAAAAUGAUAUUGAUUCUGGGGGAACCCCCUACGGCUUUCCACACUGCGAAAUAUAUGAACACGACGGACAACUACACAAAUGCAAUCACCUGCAGAGCAUUGCAGCCAACACCGCUCUACCUGCGGAAGAGCGCGACGAAUCGUACACCCUCACCGUUCCCUCCGACGGCUCUGAGGCCCGUCUACGUGCGAAUACAACACUCGGCUUGCUCCGUGGAUUAACAACGUUCAGCCAAAUGUGGUACACGUGGGAUAAUUGGACAUAUACUGUCGAAGCACCAUUUGAGAUUCUCGACGAGCCGUACUAUAAAUGGCGCGGGUUAUUGCUGGAUACGGCAAGGAACUUCUUUCCAAUCGGAGACAUCAAAAGAACAAUAUCUGCCAUGGAACUCACAAAGAUGAACAUAUUUCAUUGGCACAUUGUGGACUCACAAAGCUUCCCGCUCAACCUUCCUGAUUUCCCCGAGCUGGUGGCCAAGGGAGCCUACUCAUCAUCUAAACAAUACUCGACGAAAGACUUGGACGACGUAAUCUCGUUUGCAGCAGCUCGCGGUGUAGACGUGAUGCUUGAGAUUGACACGCCAGGCCACACAGCCGCUAUUCACCACUCUCAUCCAGAGUAUAUCGCUUGUUUCGAGAAAACUCCCUGGACGACCUAUGCCAACGAACCGCCUGCAGGGCAACUUCGCCUUACCGAACCAACUGUCGUCAAUUUCACUCAACGACUCUUUUCUUCUACGAUCAAGCAUACUCCUGGCAAGUAUUUUAGUACGGGUGGUGACGAGAUCAAUCGGCGAUGCUAUGAGGAAGAUCCGGUAGUCAAUAAAACUUUGACGGAGAGCGGCAAGACAUUUGAGCAAGCCUUGGCCACAUUCACGAAUCGCACGCAUGAGGUGCUGGUCAAAGCGGGGAAGAAGCCUGUUGUAUGGCAAGAGAUGGUGCUAGAUCACGGUGAUUUGGGUCUCCACAAAGAUACAGUCGUCUUGGUAUGGAUCUCGUCUGCCGAUGCCAAGGCCGUCGUCGAAAAAGGAUUCAAGAUUGUACACGCACCCAGCGAUUACUUUUAUUUGGACUGUGGACAUGGUGCCUGGGUCGGUGCGUUUCCGGAUGGGAACUCGUGGUGUGAUCCAUUCAAAACGUGGCAAAAGGCAUACUCAUUUGACCCUCUUGCCAACUUGACAACAACUCAAUCCACGCUCGUACUAGGGGGACAGCAACUUCUCUGGGCGGAGCAAUCUGACCCUUUCACGCUCGAUAGCACUCUCUGGCCGCGUGCGGCUGCCUCUGCCGAGCUCUUUUGGACAGGGCCAACCCAUCCAAAUGGGCAAAAGCCCAACGUGAAGGAGGCACUUCCAAGGCUGCACGACUUGAGAGGACGGAUGGUUCAGAGAGGCAUUCAAGCUGUGGCACUCCAGCCAGAGUAUUGUGCCCUCAGACCGCAUGCUUGCGAUCUCGUCUGA